AUGGCGGUCGGGGCAUUCCUUGAGCCGUUGGUGGUGGUGACACUCCUCUUUGGGGGCGCCUACUUCAAUCGAAACAAGGACUAUGACCUUCGAAAGGGAACGUCAGGAUGGGCUGGCCACAGGAAUUUGAAAAGGAACGACGAUACUGAGGAUUUAGGAAGCAGGCCUUCUGAGGAAUGGAGCUCCUCGUCCUCCACCCCAACCUUGGCACCCCAAGAACCAAGACUCCGUCGCCGCAAACUCCAUCUCUUCCGUUACACCAAGAUUGUGUCCACGCCGAAUACUCUGGUCUUCAAAGAUCGCUUUCUCAGUCGUGUUCUUCAAAAAUUCCCAUUUCUUGCUGAGGCCUGGUACUGGGCAAACAUAUACUGGGUAUAUCAGAUCGGCCGUGCAAUAUCAGCUCUCGCCCUUGUUGAAGGCACCGUCAAUGUCGCCCGCAGGCACGCCCUCGAGGUCAUUCACCUUGAGCAAGAACUAAAGAUCUUCUGGGAGCUCCCCGUCCAGCACUGGUUCCUCAAGCAUCCUCUUCUGCUCCAUUGGAUCAACCGGGUCUACUCCUUCAUCCAUAUCCCCGGAACCAUCCUCUUCCUCGUCGUCCUCUACUACCUCACCACAACCCGCAAGCGCCACCACAUGACCGGCCGAGUCAUCAACGACAACACAGGUACCGGUCCUGCCCUUUACGAGGCGCGUCGACGCACGAUGGCGAUGUGCAACCUCAUCGCCUUUAUCGUUUUCACUCUAUGGCCAUGCAUGCCCCCGAGACUACUCAGCGACCCCAACUACGAGGGUAACAAUGCCGCGGAGGCCAAGAGUUUUGGGUUCGUCGACACCGUCCACAGCAAGGCCGGCGAGAGCAGUGUUUGGACAACAAACAAGUUCUGCAAUCAAUAUGCUGCCAUGCCCUCUCUUCAUUUUGGAUACUCUCUCCUCAUCGGCCUCACUAUCGCCACCCUCCCCAUCAGUGGCCUUCGAUCGAACUCGUGGAAGCGCGGCGCAAUUGUCGUGGCCGGCAUGUCCUAUCCUACUCUUAUUCUCACCGCCAUCGUUGCCACGGCGAACCACUUCAUACUCGACGCCGUCGCCGGUGCCAUGGUCUGCGGCCUUGCAUGGUAUGGAAAUGAAUUCUUGCUGAACCUCUGCGUACUUGAGGAUCACUUCCUCUGGCUCCUGCGUAUUCACAAGCCGGUCAACUACACCGAUCCAGAUACAGCAGUGGAACCCGAAUUCCAGGGCGGUUUAAUGCUUGGGGGAAGUUCUUGA